CUCUGUGCCCCCCUACGGCUUUGGACAGCUUUGUAGGGUAAAAAGGGAUUUAAUAUACAAGUACAAAUUCAUAACUUUUUACCUUUAGUUUCAUAUCCCUUUCGUUUGGUUGUAAGCUCACACACAAUCACACACCCAGCUCUCACAUAGAGACAUAUCAGCAUGCUCAGAACACAAGUUAAGUCCCAAUCUAAGAGAUCAUUGGCCACAGUUUCCGAGGCCCUUUUGCCAAAGAAGUAUGGCGGACGUUACACCGUUACUCUUUUGCCUGGUGAUGGUAUCGGUAAGGAGAUCACUGAUUCUGUUGUUGAGAUCUUCAAAGCUGAGAGAAUUCCAGUUGACUGGGAAACGGUCAACGUGACAAACUCUGAGAAGUCCAAGGAAGGUGUCAAGGAGGCUGUUGAGUCCCUCAAGAGAAACAAGGUUGGUUUGAAGGGUAUCUGGAAGACCGAUGUGUCUCAAUCUGGUCACGGUUCCUUGAACGUUGCCUUCAGAAAGGAGUUGGACAUCUACGCCUCCUUGACUUUGAUCAAGAACAUCCCAGGUGUGAAGACUAGAAUGGAUGGUAUCGAUCUCGUCCUCAUCAGAGAGAACACUGAAGGUGAAUAUUCUGGUUUGGAGCACGAAUCCGUCCCAGGUGUUGUUGAGUCAUUGAAGAUCAUCACUCAAGUCAAGAGUGAGAGAAUUGCCAAGUUUGCCUUUGAUUUCGCUAAGAAGAACAACAGACAAACCGUUACCGCUGUUCACAAGGCAAACAUUAUGAAAUUGGCCGAUGGUCUCUUCAGAAAGACUGUCAAGGACGUCGGUGCAGAGCAAUACCCAGGCAUUGAAGUUAAAGACAUUAUUGUUGAUAAUGCCUCUAUGCAAGCUGUGUCAAACCCACAACAAUUUGAUGUGCUUGUCACUCCAAACUUGUACGGUGCUAUCCUGUCCAACAUUGGUACUGCUCUUGUUGGUGGCCCAGGUCUUGUUCCAGGUGCUAACUACGGGCGUGAGUACGCCGUCUUUGAGCCAGGUUCAAGACACGUUGGUUUGGAGAUCGCCGGUAAGGGCGUCGCUAACCCAACUGGUAUGAUCUUGUCAUCUGUCUUGAUGUUGAGACAUUUGGGCUUGGACUCCUCCGCUGACAGAAUUUCAAACGCCGUCUACAAGGUUAUUGCCGACGGUAAGAAGACAACAAGAGACAUUGGUGGUCCAGCAUCUACCAAGGAGUUCACUCAAGCCGUCAUCGAUGAGUUGGCUUCUGCUUAAGAUACUCUAACGUUUUCUCGACACAACCGGGCAUGAGGUGUUU